AUGAAAUCAAUUAUAUGUCUAUUACUGGUCUCUGCAUUAGCUCUGAUAUCAGGCAAUGAUUUAGAAGAGACAGCAAAAAGUGUUAUUUCAAAAAUUCAUGGCUCAUUUGGUGGACAAAACCAAUUAAAUGCAUUUCUCGAUAAAUCCAAGAAUUUGAAGACAACAAACACUGACGAUAUCAACAAAAAAGAUGGUAUUCUUGUAGCCGAAGGUAUCGGUAGUAUUGGCGGUACGUCUGUAACAGUGGCCAGAGGUCGACAAAGUUUUACUGUAUCGACUCGGUAUGGAUUAGGUGCCGCUGUUUUGGCCGGUAUUUCCGAUAAAAAUAAUUCAAAUGCUUUAAAUAAUACUGAAGAGGAAUUGCUUAAACAAGAACUGAUUUCAAUGAAGAAAUCAUUUUAUGAAAUAUAUGUUCAGCCAAUUGUUGAUAAAAAUUCCAAAUCAAACCAAACAGUUGUUGUUGUGGUUGAAAAUCUGAACGAUAAGGAAAAUGUUUGGUUUAAUGAUAACAACCAAAUAAAUGUCAAAUCCGUUUCUGGUUUUAUUUUGGGAACCGUUACCACUGUUUCACAACAAAACACUGAUCUGAAAGAAAUUGCUAAUUAUACACUUGAAAAUAUUGACUGUCAAUUUGGAGGAAAGAAAGGGCAAAACAAUUUGAAAAUUAAUGAUUUCAUUCAUAAUUUUAACAAUAAUUCUAAUAAAAAAUCUCAAAAUUCUGGAUAUUAUGGAGUGGGUGUCGGAGCCGUAGGUGUCCUAUCAAUAGAAGUAUAUAACGGCAAUAAUAAUGUUAACAUUAGUAGUCUGUAUGGAUUAAGAGCUGUUGGAUUAAGCGGUUAUAAGUCUGAACACAACAAUACUCUUAAUAAUGAAGAUAAGGAAUUAAAAGCAAAACAAAUGAGUCAAACACUAUCUGAGAAAUACAUAAAUCCAGUAACUGAUCAAAAUGAAUCUCUGGGUGUAUUGUUUGGCGCAGUCGGUGAGGCAAAGGGUGAAGUAUUGGUGGCCACUCGUGACGGAUACUUAACUGCCGGUACUUACGGUACCUUUCAAUUGGGUGCUCUCAUAGAUUUUAAUAUAAAAGUCAACUAUUAA